AACGUAGUGAAGGGGAGGGUUUCAAAGAGCAAGAAGGGGUUGUUAAUCACAUGGGGAGAGAAGAAGGGAGAUUGGCAGGGUGACUUUCACCCUGCAACAGUCACCCUGGAGUGCUCUGGUGAAGGAUUAAGAAUAUUACCAGUUUUCUGAUGAAGAAAAGAACAUAUUUGGUCACCAGCAAUCUGCCUUUGACCAUCCUCAAAGCCAAGAUUUUCAUCACUGUCUAGAAAAAUACCUCAUUCAGAGGACACAUAAGUCCUCUUUGAAUGCCUUCUUUUUGGGAGCAGUGAGAGAAAGAAACUUAGAGAUGUAGAAAGAAUUAAUGGUAUAAAGGAAAGAAAGAAGGCAAAAGGUAGCAAAUGUGGGGCCAUAGAAAUAGUAAUAAGAAUAGAGAAGAAAACCAGGAAAACAAAAGGGGAGGCAAAGGCCAUAGAAAAUAACAGCCAGAGAGAGGAAGAGAAGACGGAGAAAGAGAGAGAGAAAAGCUGAUAAAUUGCUGAGAAGUUUCUCUCCUUAAGAAUUCUAAGUCAAGAAGUCAAAUAUGGCACAGAGCAUGGAAAGGAGGCAAUGGAUGCCCAGUGCAAGAUUCUGAAGAAGCCGGAAUUCAGCCCGAUGGGAGUCCGAGUUCAUGUCGUGGCAGCCUCUGCCCUGGUGCAUUUCAUCUUGCUUUCUGGGACGAGAUGUGAGGAAAUCUGUGGCAACCCUGAACAUUGCCUAACCACAGACUGGGUACAUCUCUGGUAUAUAUGGUUGCUGGUUGUGAUUGGCGCGCUGCUUCUCCUGUGUGGCCUGACGUCCCUGUGCUUCCGCUGCUGCUGUCUGAGCCGCCAGCAGAAUGGGGACAAUGGGGGCCCACCACCCUAUGAGGUCACCGUCAUUGCUUUCGACCAUGACAGCACUCUCCAGAGCACUAUCACAUCUCUGCAGUCGGUUUUUGGCCCUGCAGCUCGGAGGAUCCUGGCUGUGGCUCACUCUCACAGCUCCCUGGGCCAACUGCCCUCCCCUUCGGACACCCUCCCAGGGUAUGAAGAAGCUCUUCACAUGAAUCGCUUCACAGUAGCCAGGUGUGGGCAGAAAGCACCUGAUCUACCCCCAGUCCCUGAAGAAAAGCAGCUGCCUCCAAUAGAGAAGGAGUCAACAUGAAUAGGACCCUCUUGGAACUGACCGGAGCUGUGAUUUUAUAAAUAGGGGUAGAGGUAUGCCCAGAGUCUGUGGGUAAAUGGAUCAUAUUCUCUGCUAACCCUCAGAAGUUUUAGGAUGGCUCUGACACCAUCAUUCUAUGGGAAAGAUGGGUUCUGACUCUUCAUUCACGAGCCUUUAUAUUUUCUGAUACAGAAUGCUCUAACUGGGAACUCUGAUUUUUUAUCCAAUGGCUGAAAUCUGCAAGUAAUCUCUAGUCACACUGAUUACUACUAAACCGGGAAAUCAUCAAGGUGUCUUGAAUCCCUUCAACUAUUGAGUGCAUAUAAAAUUCCUGUACCCACAUGA